ACCCCCUCCACCACUGAUUCCUGCCUGAAAGCACAAGGCAGUAUUGAGCUCCUGGCAGAUACACACUGACCGCCCAGACCCCAGCUUGAAGAAGGGCAACCAAUUUAGGCCUGAAAUUUCGCUUUGUGUUUGCAGACUGGUGGUGGAUUCAAUAUAAAAUACUCACAGAUUACUGCAAGAAAACAAAAAGGUGCCGUCCCUUUACAGCACCGAUAUCUCAGACCUUCUGGCAGAAGAGGUUAUUAGGGAUGUGCACCACCUACAAAGAGACAGUGCUGUCCAAUGUAUUUACCCCCAAUAUUGUGCCCGCUGUGUUCCCCAAUGCCUCCAAUACUGUACUUCAGUAAUAAUGCUCUGUAUAGUGUCCCUAGUAAAAAUAAUGCUACCUAUAAUGCCGCCAGUACUGUUAAUAUCAAUAUAAUACCCCCAGUAUUAAUAAUGCCCCCUAUACUGAUUGCUUUUGUGCCCCAGAAAUAAUGUCCCGAUUAAUAAUAAUUCUGCUCUAAAAUGCCCCCACUAAUAGUAAUGCCCCUGUAGUGGCCUUAGUAUUAAUAAUGCUCCUUAUAGUGCCCCAGCAAUAAUAAUGCCAUCCUACUUUGCACCCAGUAAUAAUAAUGCCCAAACUAGUUCCAUGUAUGCCCCCGAAGUGGCCAAGUAAAAAAAAAGAAUACUAAUACUCAGCCGAGUCUUAUUCCAUGCUGCCAUCUUUAACCUGAGAUCCCUGGUUCCAAUGAGGUCAUGAGGCCAUGGCUUUGUGGUCACCUCCGCCAUUCUACUAUCUCUUAGGCUUCAGGCCCAGUGGCCUGUGAAAGUGAAAUGUGUGACUGGGAGCCAUUGGUUCUUGUGCCCCUCCACAGUAUUCAACUGUAUCAUCGUCCUGAGGACCUGUGAUAUGAGAGACAAGAAGUCAGACAUUAGUAGAGACAUCACUUAUCAAGGCCGGACUAGACAGAGCUUCCAGCAAUUCACUAAAGUGAGGACCGGACAGACGGUUAGAGGACAGGUGGUCAAGUAUCUUCAGGGACUGCUUAUUUCUUAUUCCAGACGAGGCCAAAUGGAUGCAGGAAGUGUCAGCCAAACUAUAAGAAGAUGAGAUGUGGGUGAGGCGUCCACAGAGCGUUAUAAUAAAAUCUGUAGAUUGUGAAUGUGGAGAGAAGAUGUCUCCGGCUGUUAGUAAAAUCCAUAAAUGUCAUCACUAGAAGCCUCCUCUUGUGUCUGGUGGAUGGAGAAAGCUCAGUGAUAUGUCCACUGACACCAGAUCCAUGUUCUAGAAAUUCACCAUCCACAAGAUCAGAAAUCUUCCAGUACUUGUACAGUCACCAUAUCCUCAGCUCCCCCCGUUCUUCCUCCGCCUGUGAUGUUGCUUAGUGUCCCCUUCCAUUUGUUCCAUUCCUAAGAUGCUAAAUGAAGGAGGUGGUAAGAAGUGACAUUCACUGAACGGGAGGACUGUUGACCUCCACUAGUCCCGGGGACUGUUGCCUGUCAUGGCGCUAAUACCAUGCCAGGUGCUGCGGGUGGCUAUCCUGCUUUCAUACCUGUCCGUGCUGUGCCACUACAAGGCCAUAGAGAUGCCCGCGCACCAGACCUAUGGGGGCAGCUGGAAAUUUCUCACCUUCAUUGACUUGGUAAUCCAGGCUGUCUUCUUUGGCAUUUGUGUCCUGUCGGACCUGUCCUGUCUUCUAACGAAAGGCAGUGACAAUCGGGAGCAAGAGCGGCAGCUGAAGAAGCUCAUCUCCCUCCGUGACUGGAUGAUGGCCGUCUUGGCGUUCCCCGUAGGAGUUUUUGUGGUGACGAUGUUCUGGGUCCUCUAUGUAUACGACAGGGAACUGGUGUAUCCAAAGCUACUAGAUAAUUUCAUCCCCCCCUGGCUAAAUCAUGGCAUGCACACCACCGUCCUGCCUUUCUUAUUACUCGAAAUGAGGACCACAAAUCACCAGUAUCCAGGCCGAAAUACCGGCAUGGCCACAGUUUGCGGCUUCUCCAUUUGUUAUAUUUUGUGGGUGUGCUGGGUUCAUCAUGUGACAGGGGUAUGGGUGUACCCUCUUCUGGAAAACAUCGGUCCUCUAGCCAAAAUCGGUUUCUUCUUUCUAGUCACUGUUAUCAUUAACAUCUACUAUGUUCUGGGCGAAAAGCUGAACAGUUACAUUUGGGACCUGGAUAAAUCAAUGGAAGCCACGGAGAAAAGGAUCAAGGCUGACUGAUACAACUCUGCAACAUUCUCCUCACCCACAUAUUUCAUCCACCCUACGGCACAGUCAGGUCUCUGCCACAAUCGCAGUGCGGAGGAGAUCCAUGGAGUGACACGUGGCGUUCCAGAAUGGAGAAUUAGAACAUACUGCGGUAUUCCGUAAUUCAUUGUACCAUUACGAUAUGCUACCGAGUGUCCAGAAUUGUGCCGUCUCUUUUGACCUAGUAGUGUGCAAAGAAAAAGAGACUUCUCGCCAGCGCCACCUACUGGGAGUCGCCCUCUAUUCAAGAUCCAACUUUCCAAUAAGCCUUGAGAUUUGGGAAGGGAAUAUAUCCAUCCAUAGCUUGCGCUAGUAGUACAAACAUGAUAAAUAGAAAUAGUUUAUCUUGUGCUUCUAUAUCCUUGUUAUUAGGGAGGACCGUCUGCAGCCCUUAUCAAAGGCAUUUCGUUUAUCAUUUAUCCCUUCUUCACUACUGGACUUCCCUGACCUCUAGUGGACAUUCUUUAGUAUGACAGGCCAUAUUGUCAGUAUAUUAUAGAAUAAAUAGCAUAAUUAGUUUCCUUUUUAGGUUUAUGCAAAUAUACCGCUCUUAUACCCCCAUGUGCUUUUAUGGAUCAGUUCGCUAGAUAUUUUAGAGUUUUUAUAAGCAAGCAUCCAUUAAUAUUUUUUGGUAACAUUGUUAUUAUUAUUUUUACCUCUUGGCAAUUGUACAUUUUAUAUAUUUAUUUAUUCACUCACUUAUUUGCUUUGCAUUUAUUAUUUUGCGUGUUUCCCUUUUAUUUGCAUAUCCCCUCCCUGCAGUUUAAAUGCCAAGUACUUACCUGGGUGUGAAAAUGUAGUAUUGGUCUGACGAAGGGGCGGUGCAGCCCCGAAAUGCGUUACCUAAAACAACUUUAAAUAAAAUACUUAAAGCACCACCAGUGGAUUUGUACUUA